AUGUCUCGAAUCGGACGGAAUAAUGGAGGGUUAACCUCGAAACCUGGCUGGAUUGGUGCAGUAGCACGCUUUUGGGAGAAAAGCUAUGCGCCAGAUUAUCUUGGUUUCGUAUUGCUAUUGACGGCAUACAUCUUGAUCGAAUUUCUCCAAGAGCCGUUCCACCGCAUGUUCUUUAUCAACAACAUCAAUAUUCAAUAUCCACAUGCCCGAGUGGAAAGAGUAUCUGUUUGGUGGAAUCUGAUGUAUGCAGGAGCCGUUCCAUGCAUAACCUUAGCCCUUUGGUUAGGGAUUUCCAGGGCGAACCUACAUAAAUGCCAUGUCACCAUGCUUGGGUUUCUCAUUGGGUUGGUUCUUACAUCAUUCAUCACAGAUGUCAUCAAAAAUGCUGUUGGGAGACCUCGACCCGAUCUGAUCUCGCGCUGCAAGCCUACACCAGGAACACCAGAAAAUAAGCUGGUGACCAUAGAUGUAUGCACGGAAAGGGAUCAUCAUACGUUGCAUGAUGGGUGGAGAAGUUUUCCUUCGGGCCAUUCUUCAUUUGCAUUUGCUGGACUUGGAUACCUCGCUUUUUUUUUCGCUGGACAAACACAUGUCUUUAGACCUAGGACUGAUCUUGGGAGAGUACUAUUAGCUCUUGCUCCUUUACUUGGAGCCGCCAUGAUUGCGAUAAGUCGAUGCGAAGAUUAUCGCCACGAUGUAUAUGACGUUACAUGUGGAUCCAUUCUCGGCAUUUCUCUCGCAUAUUUUUCAUACAGAAGGUAUUUUCCAAGGCUACAGUCAUCUAAAUGUCAUGAGCCUCAUCCGUCACGGGAAGCUGUAUUCAACCAGGGAUUUGGAAAGAUCAAGAACGACGAAGAGACAGAAAUAGGGAGGGCCAGAGAGUCUGAUAUAUCAGACAACGAGAGUGAUGCAUCCUAA